AUGUCGGACGAAAAGAGCGGCCAUUCCGGGCACGACCACACGUGCGACCACCCUCCUCCCUAUGAGUCGGUCCUCCAAGAUGGAAAGUCCCCCCAGCAAAACCCCGAACAGAGUGGCCAGGCUGUCAACGGUCACGGCAAUCCUAUACACAGACACUCAACAUGGUGUACGAUAAAGCAGAGAUGGAGAAAACUGUGGCGCGGGGUGUCUGGCCCGCGCCCGCGACCAAGCUCGCGCCAGCCCGUCCUUCCUGAUACCGUCCCCAAGCCUAAGGCUUCGCAGCAAACCAAGGUUGACAAGGCCAUCCAGGCAAAACCCACAUGGCUCGGGUAUAAGAGCCUGACCGACCCCCUUCCCAACGGCCCGGUCAAGACGAAGCCUGUUAAGCCGCGCUUCAAAUACCUAAUUGAGAGCUUUCACCUGCCUGUCGAAAACCAGUCUAAAAAUACGUACAAGGCCGCCCCGUGGGGCAUCCAUUUUUCCCUGCAGUCCCACAAACUGGAGACUUUGCUGCCUGGCGACAUUGCCUGGCGCGAGAACCUCAAGUACUGCUACGAAGACUGCCUGAAACUACGGCGCGACGACAACAGCCGCAAGAACGCCUACAUACGACAGCUCGAUCUUGAACAUGUUGCUGCUCUCAGAAGCGACAGCUGGUCCGUGACCAUUUCUGUGUACUCUUACGGGAGUAGCGUCGAGUGGCUCAUGAGCCUUUCCUAUGUCGACAUCGCGGCGCUUAUCAGUACAGACACGGCUGUGCGAUGCUUCGGCAAAAUGGAGGUUUCAAAGGACCCCCUUCAGGACAGAGCGUUUUUCUAUUACAAGUACCUCAAAGAGUGGCGGUGUGGAUGCAUGAAAAAGGGCCCCGGCGCUGCUGGCCGCAGCCGUUCGACUCUCGGUGGUAUCGACAAGUUUCUGGACAUCGAUAAGCCGGAAUUACGGGAGCUCAUGGAGAAGCACUUUGAGAAGCACAUCCAGAUCCCCUUAGCUUAA